GCCAUAAAGAAGAAAAUAAAAAUUUGAGUUUCGAAAAUGGAGAAACAGAGCCAUACCCAGAAAACUGCAUGGACAAGAGGCAAGUGUAUAGGCAAAGGCUCCUUUGGUACCGUUAGCUUAGUGAUCAACGAACUCAACGGUGCCGUUUCCGCGGUCAAGUCCGUCGACUUAGCAACGUGUCUUCCCAGCCAGUUGGAGUCUUUGGAGAAUGAAAUUCGGAUCCUCCGUUCGCUUUCCUCUCCUUACGUCGUCAAGUACCUCGGCGAUGACGUCUCUCCGGCGAAAUCUUUCCGUAAUCUUCACGUGGAGUAUUUGCCGGGCGGCACCGUUGCUGACGUGGAGAUUGUUAAGCGGCGGGCUGCUGACGUGGACGAGAGGCUUUUGCGGUGGCACACGCGGUGCUUGAUUUCGGGUUUGAAGUACGUGCACGACGAAGGCAUUGUACACUGUGAUGUGAAAGGAAAAAAUGUUUUGCUUGGAUCGGAUUCCAGUUCCGUAAAGCUCGCGGAUUUCGGCUCGGCGAUUGAGAUCAAAAAGGGAAGGUCGCUCAUUAAGCCACGUGGAAGCCCUCUAUGGAUGGCGCCAGAGGUGGUUCGCGGCGAGUAUCAAGGGCCGGAGAGCGAUAUUUGGUCACUAGGAUGCACCGUCGUCGAGAUGAUCACCGGGAAGCCAGCUUGGGAGGAUCACGGUUUCGACUCGCUACGUCGAAUUGCUUACUCGGAGGAACUCCCCGAGUUGCCGGCUCAGUUAUCCAAACUCGGUAAGGAUUUCGUGGAGAAGUGUUUGAGAAGGGAUCCAAAUCGAAGGUGGAGCUGCGAUCACCUGCUGCAGCAUCCAUUUAUAUCAUCGGCAUCGCCGCCGAAAACGAUAGGAGAAUCAUCUCCGCGUUGCGUUCUCGAUUUUGCCGGGUCGGAUUUCGAAGAGGACGAAAACACUGCGAAUUUCGAAUCGUCGGCGAAGGAGAGGAUCAGUAAAUUAGCGAAUGAUGGACGGGCAAUUUGGGAAUCGGACGGUUGGGCGACGGUAAGGAGUUACGCUCAUGAAUCACGUGUGAAUUGCGAGGAAGGGACAAGUACGGAAUAUCCGGAGUUGACGAGGACGCAUUUGGAAAUUUCCAAUUGGCGGCAGUGUGGUAAAUACGUGCGUGUUAGCGGGAUAAAAUCGUCGUUUGGUGGCCAACGGUGCGAUCUCUUGGCUGGUUCAAGCCGUCGUUGUUGGCGACAAAAGGAAAAGGUGGAGUUUGCGGUGGAGAAGGGAAAGUCGAUAUUCUGCAGAUUUUGUAAUUUAUUAUUACAAUUAAUUUUGUGUGAUUUCAAAUUAUUCCUAUAUAUUUUAUUGAUGUUUUUAAAUUACUUCGUUCUUCCUUCAUUACUUUUAUCCUUUACCUCCACCAUUCUUUUUGGUCCAACCUCGAAUCCAAUCGCCGCUACAACCUGAAAUCAAUCAGUUUCC